ACCUUCAAAGUCGUUUUGUUUCGUUAGAGUUCUUUUUUAGAGAGAGAGUUUUGUUUUUGUUCUUGAGAGAGAGAUAGAUAUUCUUCGUUCUUCAGCUGCUGGUGUGUCUCUUCUUCGGUUCUGCUUCAGAUUUUAGAGUUUCUUUUUCAGCUUUCAGAACGGAACUAAAGGUAAGGCCGGGUUGAUUCAGAAACUGAAGUUACUUUUCUUGUUGCUGGGAUCACUUCGAAAAUCAACUGCUAGCGAUGGAGGUAUUUGGAAAAUCUACUAUUGUUGCUGCGCCAACAAACGUUAUUUAUUUAUCAAGUAUACUGGGUCGUGAAGGGAUGAUUCCUAGUCACAGAUGUGAUUGGAAAUGUCAAAAUGAGAAUGUUUGGGGAAACAUGUAUGUCUGCAAGCUAACAAAGCUUACCCACAUCUGUGACAAAAACUGUAACCAGAGAAUUUUGUACGAUAACCAUAGCUCCCUUUGCAGAGUCAGUGGUCAGGUUUUCCCUCUUACCCCACUGGAAGAGCAAGCGGUGAGAGGAGUCCGGAGGAAGCUGGAAGCAGAGAAUUCCUCCUCCCCUGAUAAUAAUACCAAUUCAUGUUCUUUUAAACGAAGACGAGAUGCUCAGCUUCAUCCUUCUCCUUUUGAGAGGUCUUUCACUGCAGUCGCUCCAAUCUGCAGUCAAAUUGGAGACGGCGGCAUGGACAUGAGUUAGAUUAUAUGGAGUCGUUUCUUUCCUCGUUUUCCCCUUUCUUAAUCCCCCUUUUUUUUUCCUUUUCUUAUGUUUCUCAUCUUCGGGUCUCUGGAUCAAAGAUGGAAAAAAAACUGAACUUAUUAUGGAGGCUUAAAAGGAGGACCUUAUGUGUUCUACCUCGGUCUGUAGGAUAAAGCUUAUAUUUCUAGUCUCAUCAUUUAUAUGGAAUGUAGCUCCUACUGUGACUUAGCUAAUUACAUAGAGACUUAAAAACCGUGCUCCAAUUCCAGUAUAAUUGAAGGGGCUUUUAUGAGUUUUACAUAAAUUUCGGAUUCCUUCUAACCAUUGUGUCUCAGAGUGCCUCUUUAUGUCUAUUUUAGUAUCAACUUCUGUUGUGAUUCUAGUAUCUCGAUAGCUCUUUGCCUAUCAUCACUUUUAAUUUGAUUGUAAUACUUAAAUUAUUUAUGUUCUGUGGA